GUCGAAGCCCGAAGCAAGAGAGAGAGCAAAAAAAAGGGCUCUUCCUCUUCGUCUCGGCACCUCUCUCGAGCUCUCGAGCACGGAGCUCGUCCUCCUCCUCGGCCACCUCAACUCUUCUAGGGUUUCGUCUUAGGGUUUGGCUCUAGGGUUUUGUGGAGAUGAAGCCGGUGGUGGGGAUCGUGGUGUCGAACAAGAUGCAGAAAUCGGUGGUGGUGGCGGUGGACCGCCUCUUCCACCACAAGCUCUACAACCGCUACGUCAAGCGCACCUCCAAGUUCAUGGCCCACGACGAGGACAACGAUUGCAACAUCGGCGACCGCGUAAGGUUGGAUCCUUCACGGCCAUUGAGCAAACGAAAGCACUGGGUGGUCGCCGAGAUCCUUCGCAGAGCUAAAAUCUACGUCCCUCCGUCACCUGCGGCUCCAACUCCGGAUCAGGCGGGCACAGUUCCCAAACAAGCUCAAGCUAUGUAGUCAUCAUCUUGAGAUUCUCAGUAGACAAGAUCUCUCCUUAAUCAUCCUGUGUUGUUCCCACUCUAGUAGCUAAAAAUUUGCUCCUCAAUGUCAUCAUAUGGAGAUGGAUAUGGAUAUGGAUAUCGACAUGUGUAAUAUGAACCAGAUCUUUCCAAAUGUCUGAGAUUUUUCCUUCUAUUUGUGCUGCUUGUCCCAUAAUCAAUAUAGAUAAACACUAGCGCAAAAAUAAUGAUAACGGCUUUUUCUUCAA